CAUCAAACUCUUCAAAGUUUUGUAUGCAAUAUUGCACAAAUUGAUAAAAUUUUACGCCAUUAGUACUGCGCAUGCGCAAAUUGUAAAACAAACCAUUUCCUAAAUCGUCAAUCUGUCACACACCGCUGAUAUCAGUUCGCUUGCGGUUCCCACACGAGGAAACAGCAGAAACCACGCAAUACUACGCAAAAAUUACACUACUGUUUAUAACGUGCGAUAGGUCAUUGAUAAGCAUCGAUCAUGUCUACCAGCUGGGAUUCGGUGACAGUUCUUAAGAAGCGUCCAGUAAAAGGCUCAUCGCUCAAGAGCGAGCAGGCCGUCAAUCAGGCACGCCGGACUGGAGCUGCCGUCGACACAUCGCAAAAAUGGGGCGCAGCCAGCAACAAGCAACACGUAACGACCAAAAACACUGCCAAACUCGACCGCGAAACUGAGGAAUUGCGCCAUGAGGAAAUCUCAUUUGAUGUUGGCAAGACUAUUCAACAAGGCAGACAGGCCAAGGGGAUGACACAGAAGGAUUUGGCCACCAAGAUUAAUGAGAAGCCUCAAAUCAUCACUGAUUACGAGGCUGGCAGAGGGCUGCCAAACAAUGUUAUUCUUGGCAAGAUUGAAAAGGUGUUGGGUGUCAAAUUGAGAGGCAAGAGGUAAUCUCAUCUCUUGCAUCUUGGAUCUGCAUUGAAAAACAGGAUAUUUGAUUAAACACAUUAUUGGCAAUUGGCAAUUUACAAGUGUUUUCUAUGAAACAAUUUUUGCAUUCAACUUUUAUAUGGAUUAUUUUCAGCUAGCUGAUAUCUUCUUUUGUAAUAAUUGUUGGGAAAUAAAAGUUUAAAGUAAA